GUCACGUGGUCCUGGAGCGGGGUGUCAGCUGCGCGCGCUGCUUCCUGCCAGCUGCCGAGUUGUGGAGUCGCCGUUAGGCCGUAGCUGUAGCCGUGGGGGACGGCGCCAUGGACGAGACCAGCCCGCUCCGCUCGCCGCUGCAGCCUCCACCCGACACCUACUUCUCCACCGCCGCGGUGUUACCUCCGGCCUCGUCCUCGGGUUUCGGGGUUCGCUGCGCGGCUCCGGCUCCGGGGGCUGGGGUGAGGGUCCUGGGCCCGGCCUCCUCCUCCUCCUCCGCCGUCGCCUCUAGCGCCAACGCCCCCUCGGCCUGCUCCGCCUCUCCGCCCGGAUCCCCCGGCUCCGUCCGCGAGCGGCAGCCGCUCUUGGGCCCCCGCAGCCUCAACGACUUCCCGGAGGAGCCCGAGUUUGCCGAGGUGAUGCGGCGGGCCGAGCAGGCUCAGGAAAUGGGUAUCCACCCGCAGAGAAUUAGUCAGGGCUCGAGUGGCAGCUACUUCAUUCCGGACCCGUCAGGGAAAUUUAUAGGUGUUUUUAAACCGAAAAAUGAAGAACCAUAUGGUCACCUGAACCCUAAGUGGACCAAGUGGCUACAGAAACUGUGCUGUCCGUGCUGCUUUGGCAGAGACUGUCUCGUUCUUAAUCAGGGCUAUCUCUCAGAGGCAGGGGCCAGCCUGGUGGACCAGAAACUGGGGCUUAACAUAGUACCGAGGACUAAGGUGGUGUACUUAGCAAGUGAGACUUUUAACUACAGUGCAAUUGAUCGGGUAAAAUCCAGGGGGAAGAAACUGGCUCUUGAGAAAGUGCCAAAAGUUGGGCAGCGGUUUCACAGGAUUGGUUUACCUCCUAAGGUUGGUUCCUUCCAGUUGUUUGUAGAAGGUUAUAAAGACGCCGAUUAUUGGUUGCGGAGGUUUGAAGCGGAGCCCUUACCUGAAAAAACUAAUCGCCAGCUGCAACUGCAAUUUGAGCGGCUUGUGGUUCUGGAUUACAUCAUCAGGAACACAGAUCGUGGUAAUGAUAAUUGGCUAAUCAAAUAUGACUGUCCAAUGGAUAGUGGCAGUUCAAAGGAUAGUGACUGGGUUGUAGUGAAAGAGCCUGUUAUAAAGCUUGCGGCAAUAGACAAUGGCUUGGCUUUCCCUUUGAAGCACCCGGACUCCUGGCGAGCCUAUCCUUUUUACUGGGCCUGGCUGCCUCAAGCGAAGAUUCCAUUUUCCCAGGAAAUUAAGGACCUGGUUCUUCCAAAAAUCUCUGACCCAAACUUUGUAAAAGAUUUGGAAGAGGACCUUUAUGAACUCUUCAAGAAAGAUCCAGGAUUUGAUCGUGGACAGUUCUACAAACAGAUCUCUGUCAUGAGAGGGCAGAUCCUAAAUCUCACGCAGGCCUUAAAGGAUGGGAAGUCACCACUGCUGCUCAUCCACAUCCCGCCCGUCAUUGUGGAAACAACUCGAAGCCACCACCGCAGUAACGACUUGUACACACAGAGCUUCCAGAGCAGAAAGCCUUUCUUUACAUGGUGGUAGCACAACUGGAUGUGGAAAGAGAACACCACCCCAGGGAACAGCUUGCUGGUUGAAUAACCUGAUAAUCCUGGGCCUCUUUCCCCUCUCCAGGAUGUGAGAACUCAGUGGACUUGUCAUAGCUGGAGAGAGAGAGACAACCCUACUUUGUGUUUUAUCCCACAUGUGAUUAUUGCACAAGACUUCACUACAUCAGCAAGAAAUGGUGUGCGAGGGGAAUUAUUGAGUGAUUUGCACUUAAUUCCUUCACCUUUUGUUUCUCCUCAUCCCCUCCCCAAAAAAGUCCAAACACUUUUUUCUCCUUUCCGAUCUACCCUGAAUCCCCCACCCCCUGCCACAACAGUUGUUAUAUUCACUGUCAGAUGGAUGCUGAGUUGUCUGCCCUCCACUGGACUCUUAUAGCUGCUGCAGCUGAGCUGAUAUCUGGUCAGGCUACCAGCACCUGUCUUAAGCCUCUCCCCAACCACCUGUCCCUGAAACUGGAAUUUGAUUUAUCUUCCUUUGCACUAAAAUUGUUUUGGUUCAAAACAUAACCAGAUGCACUUCAGUGUGCUCUGGUUAUGCUGGUCUAGGAAUCUCUCAAUCCGAUCAUGUUCCUUUCAAGUCUGCUUUGCGUGUGUUUAUAAGAGGGAGAAAAAAAAUCAACGUAGAGGACUGUGACAGAGCUGAUGCUGUGCUCGAGAAGAAAGUCUCGGGAAGAAGGUAUCAGUAGCCUCAAGAUCCAGCUGUGGAAGUGGGUGAAUGGUGAAUAAGAUAAUAUAAAUCUGCACUCAGUGCGGCCAGUGUUAAUGUGAAUGCCAGCUGGACCAAAAUAUGCUUCAACUUACCAAAUUGGAACCUUCUGCUUUGAAUCUGCAGCAUGAUUUUACAAUUCUAGAUAUUAAAAAUCAGUUGUGGCUGGUAUUGAAUCUUUUCCUCUUCCCCAGCCACUUUUCUUUUUACAUAGUCUGUGUUUUAGAGGGGGCUUGGGGCAGUGGAAAAGAUAUGCAUGUGAAAUGACUGUUAAGCUACAUAGCCCAGGUAAUUGUCAAGAAGAAAUAAUCUAACAAGAAGCCAAUGCAGCAUGUUUUUUUUUAAAAAAAUGCCAAAACGAAUGGCUAACAGACAUUGCACAGGGUGCAAGUAGCUGUCCUCUGAACUCUGUAUAUCAUGGCACCUUGUUGUGACCUACUGCUCUGCUGAGUGACUUCAGAUUUGGGCAGCUGCUGCAUUUCCUUUUCCUUGCUCUUCAGCCUAACUGCUUUUCUUUUUCACUUUUCCAAUUCCACCCAGUUGCACUUUCUUUUGGAGAAAUGAGAUGAGUCGGUUUUAAACUGGAGAGAGCAGUAGGCUGAACAGAUCAUUAGCUCCUACUUCUCUCUUCCUCAGUCUGCACCCCCCCCCCCCCCCAAAACAAAACCCGGUUUCCCUGCUUUUGCUGCUUUCAGUCUGCCCGUCUGCUGGGGUGAGCGUGUAAGAAAGCAACAGAGCUGAAGACUUAUUUAAACUUGCGGUUAUUGUGAGAGCUGGCCUGCUUUAAUGUCACCUAAAACAGAAAAUUAAAUCUUUGUUCUCAUUUCCUGGCUAGACUGAACAACUGCAACUUCUCUCCAUUUGAGAGAAAGGGAGAUCAAUGAUGGGUCACCAUUUGUGGUACCUGCUUUCUGUUACCCUCUAUGCCCUCUACUGGAAGGACUACUGUGCCUACCCUUAGUUCUUGGCUUGAACUAUACUGAAUCAUGUGGAAGAUCAGAUAUGGGUACUUACCACUUGUAACUGGUCCAUAUCUCGUGUGGUCGCAGCAGGGUAUGUUGAAAUGCUUGCUCAUUGCUGAGUUUCAUUUGGAAAUUGGGAUUCCUUCUAGUCACUGAGCAGCAGUGGGUAGGGUUCCUUCUGGUCACGGGUGGGUAAGAUUAUUGUCAUUUGUUCAUCCCAAAACUCUGUCGGAGCAAUUAACAAACAGCUUGUGGGCAAAAUCAAAAGGACCUACUCGAAUCAUGUGAAUGGUAAGUGAAGCUGUUUCUACAAAGGCACAAGGUCACAAAGAAAGGAAACUACAGCGCUGACAAGUUAUGGCUGUUUUGAGUUUAAUUUUUAUUCAGUUGUAUUAAUCAGAGGGCACUUUAGCCAAGUGAGUUGGGCACCCGUGUUAUUUUGAAUGUUGGGAUCUUUUUCUCUCAAUACUUAGCUUUGAGAAUAUCUUGCAGCUGAAAGUGUUCUUGGCUUGAGAUUUCUCACUAGUUUACGUUUGUGCUGAGCUCUGCAUCACCUGUUCACUUGCCAGGUGGCAGGCUUUAUUUACACAGACCCUUAUGAAAAUAAAUGCCUUAUUUUUAAGCUAUUUUGAAUCUGUAGUUGCAGCUACAGUGUGAACUGAAGGUUUUAACUGCGGCGUUCUUGGAUGUUUAAACUGAGAAGUCCAUAAGCGUGCUAAAAUUUUUCAGGUUGAUUUAGGCUGAAGCCCAUGUACAACCAGCCUGUCAUGGACAUGUUCAGGCAAUCAAUCCUCUCCCCUACCCACCCUUAAAGUCACUACCACUUGUCGAAAAGGGACUCUGGCUUCAGGCAAGCUUGUUGGAGGCUAUAUCUGUCUUGUGGGUGACUUUAUAUAGUAAAAUUCUGAAUGAUUCUUCAUUCUGGUCCAUUUAGGACUGAUUUUUAAAUUGAUUACCCCAUGGGUUGUUUUCCUGGCAAUAGCUGAAGUUGCAUUGUUAUUUAAUGAUUUUUGAGGGGGGGGGGAGUGAGGUUAGAAACCAAUAGAGUUGAGCAGACCUUAAGUGAGAUUUUUAAUGUUAAUUUUGUGAUGCGUCACUUUUAAUGGUUGAGGCUGAGGUAACUGGGGUAGGUGGUUAAAACCAAUCUAGGUUAGAGGACGAAAUGCGAAUUCCAGGUCCUGAUCACUGUUGAGCAGCCAUGGCAAGAAGGUACGUAUAGAGGUUGGUCGGAAUCCUCUUGUGUUCAGACAACCUACAUUCUACUUAUGGUUGUGCAUGACCAUUUGGAUCAGGUGCUUGAGGUCACAAAAGCCAUGCCUUUUGGGGUGAGUGAGUAAAGGACAAUUACUUAUACUAUGGGUUCAGUUGAAGCCACAUCGAAAUUGUCCCUUCCGUGUGAGAUUCCUCCCCUCACUGCACCCUUUUUGCCGAGAACGCUGGAGCACAGUGAAGUGCAGUCAGGCAUUGCUAGGAAUGAUCCUUGUCACAACAUGGUUCAUUGGGUUGAGUAGUCCUGUCUAUUGACUUGUCAUUUUGUCAUUUCUUUAUGCAUCCGUCACUGCCCUUAGCAGAAUGCAUUUAAAGAUGAAGGAAUGGGGCUUCAUGAAUCCGCCACAACAGUUCACAUUAGUCUGUCUUGAAGGAAAGUUGAUUUUAAGUGGCAUGUUUUACAAGUGGCAUGUUAAAUUGUUCUCUAGCUUCUUUUUAAAAAAAACUGUGCCCGCAGAUCUGAGGCUAACUUACAAACAUCACCUGUGAAUUAUUGGGCCACUGCAACUUGAAAGGGAGGCACUACUUUUUCCUCCCAUUUAGUCUGUUGAAACAUGGAUGAUAUAAUAUUAAUCUGAAUGAGGUUUGAGAUUCAGUACAGACUUCUUCUCCUACCCCACCGCAUCCGACCCCAUCCCUUUCUGCAUUGAGUUUUCCAUUAUCUCCUACCUGAGUAGCAUUCAGCAGGACUGAAUUGUUAUUGUGUAGUCAAAAAAAGUGAUAGCAUUUGUUUAAAGGCCACAGGAAUGUGUGCAAAUCAAAUACUUAAGAGAUUAUGCAAUAACGUUAACGUUAAUGGUCUUUUGCUACUUAAAUUUCGUUCCAGUCAGAAUAAUUGCAGAUAAUAGCCUGUACAGAUCCUGUUGUGUAUGCUGCUUUGUCACACAUUUAAUGUGAUUCACUGUCUGACUGCUGUCUCUGUAUGGGAAGAUUCUAGAAGUAUGCAAAAUUUUGGGAUCUCUAAGGCACCUGCCCCACUUCAUUUUGUCAGAUGAUUCUUUUGAACUAAAUUGCAUCUUGCACUCUCCUAGUUUAACCACUACUGCACUGAAAAUACAUUGCAAUAGUUUGGGUCCAGUUGCUUCCUUUACAGUCUGUGACUUGCACAGGGAUGUAUUUGAGCUGCUUUUAAAAAGAAAAUUCACUAGAAUGUGAGCUGCUGAUGAAUUUUGUUUGCAAUAGGUCAGUAAUACUGUCUUAGGAUCUGAUGAAGUUUAGUUUGCUCUGGAUGCAGGUGAAAAUAUCACAAUAGGUGGUCUGCACUGUUUAACUAAAAUUCAAAUCUGUCAGCUUUUAAUUAACCAGUGACCUUUUUUGUUUUUUUCUCUGCUCUUGAAUUCAUCAGAAAUCUUUCUCUGCCUACAAGCAUGGGACUCUAGUUUACUACAUUGGAAGGUGUAAAGUUCAACUUUUAGUUCCAGUAAAUCAAAAUUUGGAGAUUGUAGAUACUUCACCUCUUGGGGGCCAGAGGGAAGAAAGGAUGGUAUAGUUUGAGACAGACCUCAACUUGUAUUGAUGAGCACUCUUCCCAAAAUCAGUUUAUUUUUCUCCCACCCCCACACUUGUGGGGAUUGCACAGUACUUGUUUCUAUCCCAACGUUUGGUGUGUUUAAUCACAAGUUGCACUCAUGAUUGAAGACCCACUCUGUUCCCUUGCUGUUCCACUUUUUACCUCUUCUUUUGGGUAGUUGUUAGUCUCAAGUCUAUGGCCUCACUCAAAUCUCAAGACCGUACUUGCUCUAUCUUGGUUACUUCUGAAUCAUUUUGUCUCCUGGUGUGUUUUUCUAGCACCAACCUGCAUAGCAAAUGGGAAGUGUGUGGAAUCCUGCCAUUAGAAAUCUCCUCCAUCUGCAGAGCUGAUUCUCCUCGACCGCCAGCCAUAAUAUAACAAAAAUAAGUUGCUUGCUGAACAGUUCCACCAGUGUUGUACUCCCAAUGUUUUGUUUUAAUAAUUUCUUUAUUCAUAUUCUAAUUUUCUCCACCGUAUCCCAGAACAUUCCUCCGAAAUCAGUCCUGGUUGGGCUUAACCAAAAAAACCAACUGAUUAUAAUCCUGAGCAGUACCCACCCCUUGUCUACACAUGAGUACAGGUCCUUUUUAAUGAGAAUUUGAGCAGCUUUCUUCCUACCUUGGAGGAGUCAAGAUCUGUUCUUGUACCAGAGCAACAUGGGACUCUGGGACAGCGAGGCCUUGCUUUGUAGGAUGGCUGUGGUGAAAGAAGUUCUGUUUGUGUUUCGUCUGUAAAAUCUCUGGAUCAUGUGUCAUUUCCGGCAGAAUUGAAUUUUUCUAACUGAGGUCAUGCUGGUCAAGAAAUCCCAUUUGGAUAAAUUGGCCAUUGAGAGGACAUCUGCUACAUGGUGCUCCUCAUGAGUGAUCUUCAGUCACACGUUUGGCAAACCAAUCCCCAAUUUUUCUUUGUCAUGGAACCUGUGAACUUUGUGCUGUAGGUAGAUCCAAGCUCAAGUCAUAAGCAUUUGUGCAACAGUGCCGUGUUAUUGACCGGAAAAACAUGGUUUAUAAUACUCUCCUAGUUCUUUCACAUUGUAUGGAUUGAUUUCUGACAAUAUUUCCCAUUUAAGCUAUGAAGUAGAAAGGAACGUGAGCCAUCAACCUUAUGACUCCUCCCUGAGGGAUGGUCUAAAUAGCUAGGAACCUCUAGAUGGUCAGUCUAUCCAAAGGAACGUAUUUUCUUCUCCUCUUCCUUCAGAUGUCUGGAGUCCAGGGAUCCACUUGCAGCACACUUGAUUGUUCUACAUCUCAGUGUGUUUUUUUCCAUCCAGUCUCCCUCAUUCUGACCUUUCUUUUGGUUCCUCCUAGUCGAUCUCCUUCCUUUUUUCUCCCAGCAGUGAUCCUGACUUGGUUAUGACCAACAUCAUGGCAUUGAAACACCAUUCAUGGUACCAAGGGAAUGGAAGGGCAAGCAUCCAUUCAGUCCGAACUGCUGCAUUCGGUACAAGUAAAUAUUAAUAAAUAUUCUGCAGGGAUAUGCCAAGCAUGGGCCCUCAGUAUAGCACUGCUAGGCUUUAUUGGACCAUCUACAUUGCUCAUCAGAGGAAUUAAUAACAAGUAAUGAUUCUGCCAGUUGAAACUUGCUUUUCUUUGCUUGGACACUGACUAUAAUGUACUGUUCUGAUAAAGCAUUGUAUACUCUAAUGUAUUUAAAUAUAUAUAUAAAAUGAGAAUCAAAUGAUCACUAUUUCUGCAAUUAUAAAUCUGCCAAACUCCUGUUUAGCAUUAGAUAAAUUUUCUAAUUUGAUCA